UGCACCUGUGGCUGCCGUGUAUCCGCCCCGCACUGCGCAGCAACCGGCCUCCCAUGAGUGCAACAGCGAUAUACCACUAACUUAAAGUUGAAACUGUAAGUUUACAUCAUGAGCAUUUUACCAACAACAGACAGUGUACCAGAGGAGGCAAUAACCAAGGCAUCUGGUGAUGUGGAUGGUUUUGAAAAAGCUGUCGUCGGAGGUGUAAUUGCUGCAGUGUUCAUAACACUUAUUACUGUUGUGGUGCUGAUCACAGUCUACUUGUACAAGCAUAAAGGCAGCUAUCGUACUAAUGAAAAUCUAGAGGAUGUGGAGGCAAGCAAGACCCUACAGAUGGAGGACAGUGCCCUCACCCCAGAAAAAAAGGAAUAUUUCAUGUAGCUGCAAAAUGUUUUGGACAGUUAAUGAAUCUUAAUAUCUGGAGGACUCUUUUGCUGUGGACUUCUAUAUUUGUGGAAUAUUUUGACUUGCCCCCUCCCCCCAGUCAUGGUUGGCUGGACUGUAACUGUGAAGUAUAGAGGAUCCAUUCUUCCACAAUGGUGGUCUCUCUGGUCCCUGGCAAGGAGAUGGGUGAAAGAUUUAUUUUUAAAUUGCUGCAUAUGGAAAUGUAAUGUAAUGCAUACUUUUGGUUCUUAAAGCACAUUUUGAAUUUUGUAACACACCAGCACACCUAAGGUUCUUGGGCACUGUUUUAGUAGAAGCAACGAGUAUUUCUGCCCCCUCCUUGCCCAGCACUUUUAUUGCAUUUCAUUUUUCAGCACUGGAGCUUUCUAUUCUGGAAAUACCUUUUUUUUUUUAUAUAAUUUAAUAAUGUUGCAAUGGAUUUAUUCUAGUCAAGGGGACCUCGCUCUAGUUAGAAGUGUAGUGAUUUGUUCCUGCAGAGCAUACAAAUACAGUGUAAGUCCUUGCUUCAGCAUAUUUACUGAAGAAAUAAAAGAUUCUCAUUUUAAA